AUGCUCAGCUCAGCAGAACACCUGGCUCCUCCCCAUCCCCCCACAGACAAGGCCCCGCCCCCUUCACACACACCUUUGGCUGUGGCGGUUACGUCACUGGUCCGCUGGCUGUAAAGACAGGUGAGGGCGGAGUCAGUCAGGAGGAGGAGGAGGGGGAGAGGCUGGGCUGGAAAGGAAGUGUCUCAUACUCUCAGAGGCAGCCGGGCAGCUCGCACACGGAAAGCUGGAGGGUGACAGGCGGUGUGGUCGGGGCUGUAACAUGUUACCCUCAGCGGUGAGAAGGUGGCUGAACAGACCCAAGGUGAGCAGGGUGCUCUGAGCUGGCUGGAAGCUUGGAUUCUCAGUACUGAAAACUUUAUAGAAAGUUUACUCUAAAGUAGUAAAACUACUUUCCCUGUGAUGCCAUGGGUCUGCCUGAGUAGAAUGGGAGUGGGAAACAUUACCACAAGUCCAAUUUUAUGUAUAGCAUAGCCCUAGUUAACUUUUCAUAUGCUAGCUUUUGUGUGGCAAGGAAUCACGGGAGUUGUAGUUUUAGCACAGCAGGGGAGUGCUAGAUCCACUUGGUUCAAUCAUGAUGGGAAUUCACAUGAUCACUUCCUAUAGUGAAUAAUCCCCUGGAAAGCAGUUUCAAGUUGUAAUGAGCUAAUUUUGGCCAUUUUGCUCACUAAACACCCAAAUGUUUUAUUUUAUAUUUUGUUAAUUUGGCAUCAGUAGCCCAUAUUUUGAAGUUCAAAUUUCACUGCAAUUUGGUAACUUGUGCUGUGUUCUUUCCUCAUUCCAAGUGUUAAAGGGCUAGAUUGUCAUUCUAUCUUUACUUCCUUUUAUACUUGUGUUUUAAAAAUAUAUUUUCUUGAUCAGCGAUUACAUUACCUUAAUACUAAAUUUUUUUUUUCUCAUUCCAAGUGUUAUAGGGGUUGAUUAUUGGUGCCUCUCUAACUGUACUCUUAUACUUGUGUUUUAAAAAAUAUUACUUUUUUUUUCUUUUUACUCAGAGGUUGCAGUGAGAAUACAAAAUAGUCACUGUUUAAUUGAUUUACCUAAAAUGAAGCUUUACGUUUAAUUGUUUUUUAAUUGGGAUUAUAACUAGAAAUGGCUUGCAAAACCUGCCGAUCUCUUGUCUACAGCCUUUACAAACCUCCCUCUGCGGUUGUCCAGACUUCCCAAUGCAGCUCAAUGAAAAAUCCGUGCAAGGCAGGUGACCUGUGCAAUUUCUGCCCUUUGAGUUUAGCUCCACUGAGCCAACCAAACCGGGAAGUAACAAAACAUGUGUUUCGAAGCAAGACGGGUGUAACAAGCUUAAUUUUAUAAAAGUGUUACUUUCUAUUGAAAUCUGCACUUUUUGCAAAAUUAGGGGAAACUCACAACACUUCUCAGCAAGCUAAAAUGCUUUAGAGGUCUGAAGUGUUACUUCAACCCAGGGGUGGGGAGCUUUCAGCACUCAAGAUGUUUUAGACUACAUCUCCCUUGAUGCUUUGUGAGCAUUAUGCGAGAUGUGGUAAAAAAAACAAAGGUUCCCCAACUCUGCUUUAACCCUUUAGUACAUAGGUGAGGUGAAUCCCUUGUUAUUGCGGCAAUUCUUUAUCUUUUAUUGUGACAAUCCUAAUUGUCCUAAUCAUUGAUCCACAAGGGUUAAUAGAGUAUUCUAAUGUAUUGAGAUGUAGAUUAAACAAGCAACUAUUGUAUAGACAAUCAAUCUAUGAGAUUGGGAAAAAAGUAGUUGCAGGUUAAAAGGUAAAAUAUUUUUUGGAGCUCAUCAUGUAAUAAGUGUGUGUAUGUAUUGUAAAUGAUUUCUAGAGCAUGAUCAUCUCAAGAUCGAAGUUCUCUGGACUGACUAAUUAUCAAGUGGUUUUUUGAUCACCCCCAAUCACCAAGUGGGUAGGUGGAUGGAGGUAAUCCUUAAAUCACAGGCGCAACUUCUGGUAACAAAUGCUGUCAUGUGCAAUGUAUGAUUCAUAUUUAGAGGAUAUGAUGAAUACUUAAUUUUUAAAUUUCUCCCUUCUUUGACUAUUUGCAUGCCUGACUUAUUAACUAGCCAGCCCGAAAGUGCACUGUUUUUGUUUGCCCUCUAUGUAAAUAGAUUGCCUUUUAAAACACGUUCGCUGUGUCAAUAUUUAUUUUGUUAAAUGGCAGAUCUAUUGGAAUUCUGUAUAAAGAGCACUUCUGGAUCGAAGUUGUAAAAAGUGAAGCGAUUGCAAGUGUAGUUUCUAAAGUUUUGUGCCAGAAUUGCUCAUUCUAUACAGCUCACAAAUGUAUGGGGUGAAUGGGUUGGGUCUUGCAGUAAACCUUGCAUUCAGACGUUCACGUCACAAAUAUGAUGGAAGCCUGGGGCUUAUAUGUCAAAAAGGUAAUGAUAAGGAGGAGCACUGAUUAACGAAAUCAACUUGUCGAGGAAAAGUGUGUUUUUUUGUUUUUUUUGUUGUUUUUUUUUGUUUUUUUUUUUUUUUUAUAUAUUGGUUGUGGGUUUUAAUUUGCUUUGGGAUGUCAAUAUGGUAAUAAUGGGGUUGGAGUAAAAAUAUCUAAAUGUAUGUAUUUUGCUGAUUGCUACUGAGAUAAGCUUGGCCAUGCAGUGUUCUUCUAUGUGGCUUAUCUUAGUGGACCUACCUUGAAGGACCUUAUAGCAGCAUGGGGGGGGGAUGAAGAAAGGGUACCUGGUGGCACCCAGGUAAGUUAUCAAACACAGUUUACCCUGGGAGGGUGCCAGGGCACUACUGGCACCAUGUCAACUAGGUAUGGUGUGCAUGUUCCUUUAAAAAUAGCAGUUGAGGUGUUAAGUAAAAUCCACAUUGCGAGAGUGCAUGUGAGGGAUGAUGAGUUAGCAGGCGGCAUCCAAAGGGCUUAAUGCAUUUUAUACUUGAAGUGGCACUUCCUCCACAUGUUUCAAAUGAGUACUAGCAGUAGAUAUUGUUUGUUUCUACUCCUAUUUGUUGCUACUCCCUAUUUGUUAGUUUAUGAAAUAGUGAAUUGAUUACAGCUUAAAGGAAAAAUCCAGGCACCAUAACCACUACAGCUUUCUGUAGCAUUUAUGGUUCCAGAAUGCCUUGGUGCUCCCCAAAUUCAAGCGGUCAAACCGCUUGACUUCUUACCUGGGGUCAACUGGCACUACUUAACACCUCCACAUCUGAUGCCAGAGGACUGGAAGUUCUGGAGAAGAACUGAGUGUCAGUUGUUAGCACUCUUCACCCAGGAGAGUUAAUAGACGUUCUUGCUUUGGAACCUUCAGUGAUAAAACAUUAAAACAAAAAAACUACAAGCAAGUUGUAUUGUUCCUUUUAAGAAAAACAAAACCCAAUAGGUAGUCAUUGGUUUUAAUACAAUUUUUUAUUUUCUUUAAGGGUCAUUGAAAUAUGACACCAUGUGCAAAUUUCAGCAGACCUAUAUCAUUGGCAUGCAGAAGCCUCUGAGAUGGCACAACAACCACCACCAUUAUUCCUGGAUACACCAAUUAAAAACCUACACUAAAAUAAUCUUUUAAUGUUGUUCAGCCUUUUAUGGAGCCAUAACUGGCAACUGGCUUUCUGUAUCAAUGCUAGCAGAGCAUAAACCUUGGCACAGGGCAGUAACAAUUGUAAACCAUCCUUUAGCCCAUUGCUCUAGCUUUGUUUACCACUAAGAGCAACAAGUUCACUGGUAACGAAAAAACAUUGUAUGACUUCACAGUAUUGUCUCUUUAUCUACUUUUUACCUCUUUAGUAUUGCUGGCUAGAAAUCCUGUGUAGGGUUCAAUUAUGCAGCACAUCUUAAUAGACCAUAUAAUUAGGAAGGAACACCUCUGGUGAAAUGAUAAAUACAACAUUAUCAACCCUCAUCAUUUAUAUUGCCCAACUUGUUCUGCCAUGCUUUAUAAUUAUUAUAGAGGGGGAAAUUUUAACAAUAAAUGAGACUGUUGCAAAAUGUUACAGAAACAAUAGGUUUAUGAGGACCCUGCUCAGACGAGCUUACAAUCUUACAUUAAUUGCACAGUAUUGGAAAGGAUGUCAUUAUUUGAAGUAUCCUGUCAAAAAUGAAGAAAUAGAUAUAAUGUAAGACAGGGCUUAAAGGACCACUACAGGCACCCAGACCCCUUAAGCUAAUUGAAGUGGUCUGGGUGCUGUGUCCCUUUUGCACUUAGUGCUGUAAUGUAAAACAUGCAAGAAAAGGAUAAGUAAAUGCUUUGUCUCUAUAUACCAAAUCAAAAAGAGAGGGAGAUAGAUAUAAGGCAAUGUGGUCAGAUUGGUGGUACCAGCGCCACCUAUGGGCUUGGACCCAAAAAAUAAUAUAUGUGCUGGUAAUAAUUGUAACUGAAAAAACACACGUGAAAUGAUUAACAAUUCUAUCACUAAUUUGGUUAUGGUAGGUAUAUACCAGAGGGAAGGACUAUAACUGAUUGUUCCAAUUACUGUCGCAUGUACCCUUUAACAAAAUAUCUAUAACUUUAUUUGUCCUGUCACUGUAAGGGGUACAAUGUGAGAAAAAAGAAAAACAAGUCUUAGAUGACUAGUAGUGAACUAACAGUAUUGUGACUGCUCAUCGUUAAGUAGUGUGUGGUCAAAGUGCAGCGAAUAAUGUAAUUGGCUGUCCACUUAACAAUCGCUUGUAUGACCAAAUGCAAAAGAAUAGUCUGUACUAAAGAGCAGAUAACUGUCCGCUAAAUAGUAAUCACAAGGUUACCCUCCAACCUACAGAGAUAUGAGGUUGGAGGGAAACUUUGUGAUUACUAUUUAGCGGACAGUUAUCUGCUCUUUAGUACAGACUAUUCUUUUGCAUUUGGUCAUACAAGCGAUUAAGUGGGAUUUCAGUUUCUUGCCACUGCAAAUUUGGAGGGUCCAUCACAUACUAACCAGGUGUGAAUUUCAAGUCGCUAGGGCUAAAUGUUGCAUGCCAAUUGCAAGUGGGCAACUAGGCAUGUGGAAAUUUUGAUCCCUGACUUUGAUUGCAUCUUGUGAUUUUAUUGGACACUAUAUAUUUAUGCAUUUUGUUAUACACAAAUAAUGCUUUGUGGCCAAAACCACAUUUUUAUUGCGCAAUAUGCCCAAACAAAGAUUUACAUUUUCACACCUUCUGUUUGCUGCAUGUUCCACUGUUUGUUCUUCCCUGUCUAAUUAGUGACAAGUACACAGCAACCAAGUCAGCUUGCCAAAAAUCUGAGCUGCUCAUUCUAACAGUGGUGAUGUUAUUGUGAAAAUGCAAAGUCAAGGAAUAAAAACAUUCUGCUGUAAAGUAAGGCCACACAAGUCUUCAGAACCGGUGAAUAGUGUAACAAUGUCAUUGCCUGCAACCUGACAUUCAAGAAUGAUUCUUAAAUAGUUGGCACAGGAACUCACCCAUUGGGUGUUUUCAUUAAUUAGGCUUGCAUGGCCACACAACUUUUUUUUUUUUUAAUGGUAAAUUAAUUUUAUUUUUAAACCAUUUAAUUCAGUGUAGGCAGUCUGCAUCACUAGGGUGAAACUGCUUGGGAAAAGAGCAUGCGGACACUGCAUGUGUCGAAGGUCCAUGUGACUCUCCACUUGUAUGUCUUGACAGAUUCCUUGAUGCAUUCUGGAGAAAGCUGGAGCUCAAGCUUCACCAGCUUACCCCGCUAAAGUCGGGUGAUCUUACUCUGAAAACCACCUCUACACUCCCAUCAAGCGCGGCUCAGAUGGCCCCAAAAUGGGGGCAGAGUGUGCACAAAAUUAUAUUGAGACUAAUUGUUCUGGUCCAGGGCUGAAGCUGGGGAUGUGUCUGACUCAAGGUUGAAUCAAGACACCAGCCUGUUUGCUACUGGGCUCUGAUGCCUGUAGACGAUGUACUGCCUAUAGUGAGCAUAAGAUGAACUUGGCACACUGUCUGGGCAGAGCUCUUGGUCACUCACUUUUACCAUCCUAAUAGAGCUAGCUAGGGGAAUUCUCUGUCCUAUGACUUAUGCUUGUAUCUAGUUUCCUGCUAUCUGUGGGCCAUCACCUUGCGCACCUUGUAUCAUUUGUUUCUCUCAUCCUCUCACCAUUAUGAUGGCCUGCUAAGGGAUUCACUUUAACUCUUAAAUCGCAGUUACCUCUAAUCUUCCAGUAUUAUCUAUUCUAUGAAUAGAGUGGGGGUUCCCAACCCAGUCCUCAAGUACCUCCUACCAGUCAAGGAUUUAGGAAUAACAUUGUUGUCUAAAGUGUUUUUUGUUUGUUUGUUGGUUGUUUUUUUUUUUUGGGGAGAGAAACACCUCCGACACAAUUGGGUAAUCCCUAAGUCCUGGACUGUUAUGGGGUACUUGAGGACUGGGUUGGGAACCAUUGCUUUAGAGCACAGAACUUGUUUUAUUCACGGUUUGAAUGACUUACUUAAUCAGCACUGUUCUUAUUUCCUAUUUUUUUUAUUGCAAAAGAGGCUUGUCAAAUCUUGCAUUGUCCUCGUACACUGUUGAUUAACAUUGACGUAAUGUUGUGCUAGCUAUUACUCCUUGUGGACACAUCCUUGCUCAUGUCAUUUAUUGCUUGUACUGGAACUCACACUAGUACCACUGUAAUACAUUUUAAAUCUAUGCCUCCAUGAAAACAAUGAUUGACAAAAAAACUAAUUAGAAAAUCACUUGCAUACAGGGACAUUGAUUCAUACACAAAUCUCCUUACAUGCAUAGAGAUAUAUUUGUAUUUUAUGCUGCUGUAAGAGUAAAUAACUAAUUGGCUACUAGCACACAUAUACCUAUAAACCUAAAUAACCAAGAAGUCAUAUGGCUUUGAAAAUACAUACACAAACAGCCACACGUAUACACAAAUGCACAAUCAAUUGUAUUGCCCUUCUCCUAUUGUCAACCUAUUUAAUUGGCCAUUCCUCCCAUCCCCUUAACCUCAUUUCAUUAAAAGCUUCCAGUGCCUGCCUAGGGAGCACAUCACUCUCUACACUGGGUCUGGACAAGGUUGGGUUGAUAAUAAACCACUAGGGAUUAACUCUUCUCACCCUUCCACCCCACCACAUCAAGGUAAGCAAUAAGGUGGGGGCGAUGAACUUUCUUUUCUUUAAAUCAUGCCCGUGCCCCUGCUGUUCUAUGUACAUGCUUGUGUAGAGCACUCCUAGAAGAUUGCCUGAGCGUGCAUGCAAUUGUACAGAAAUUUGAAAGAUUCACGAGUGGAAAAACCAGCGGUAACCGGGGGCCCACUGUGAGAACUAGGGAAAAAUGCUAGCAUUGGGUCAUCUGCUAUUAGUUCAGCCAUUAGUGAUGAAUCAUGGAAUAGCAAAGUAGCGAACAGUGUGCAUGGGAUUGUGGUGUUUUUGGUUUUUCUCACCCCACUAUAUAUGGUGCAAGAUGGAACAUUGAGCAUUCACAUUUCUUGAAGUGCCAUGUCAGCUUCAAAUUUGAGCUUCGUGAACCCUAGCCAUCUGGGGAGAGGAGGCAGACUUAUGGAAAAUUUGUUUUGAGAGUGAGCAAUGGCAUGUUCACCCCAACUUGUUUGUUUAUUAAAGCAGCCACCGAUUGGUUGAGAGCUGUCGGAGAGGGCACUAGGUCCAAUCCCCUGUUUUAAUAUUUUGCCUUCACCCGCUGGCCAUGGUGAUCUGUCCACCAUCUACUGUUUAAUUUACAGUUUCUCAGCUGAUUCUACAGGUAAUUGGCAUGGGAAGGAUAUCCCUGUGGGAUGGUGCCUUUAUAGGGACUGGGCAUCCCCAUUUAGUAUAGUAGAUUUAUCCCCAUCUGUCAUACUGGAGGUCUAAGCCCUCCAUUCUCGAACAAUAGGAAUGCUGCCCCCAUCCCAACCAAAAAUAAUGCAAAAUAAUUCUUGGUGGCUUGUUUAUAUACAGCUAGAAGAAAAAGCUGUUAAAUUGUACAGAAAAUGUUUCAUUUUGUUGAAGCCGAAGGAGUUGCAAUAACAUUGUUAGAAUGUCUUCAUAUUUAGUAUUAACUGUCACAAAGCCAAAAUUUGCAUUUUGUGCAACUUCAUAAGCUUGGAUUUCAUUCUUAUUUUUAAUCUAUGUAUCUCAGUGCUGUUAAUGUAUUUUUCAUCGGUGCGUGAUGAAAAUAAAAUACAUACACCCUGCCCCAGAGCUGCGUUAAAAAAAAAAAUUUAAAAAAAAAUUAAAUUGCACAAUUUACAAAUAACUAAAAAAUGUAGAUGGUGCCAACAUCAAAAGGUGCAGAAAAAUUCUUCUGCAGACUUCCACACUGUUAGGAUUCUUUCCUAAAAUGAGAAUUCAAAGUGAAUUUCACAUUUAAGACCGGAGCAGCCAAACAAAUGGCAUGCCUAACUUGUAAGAGUUUUUCAAUUUUGCUUAUUUAGACCUUGAAUUUGUCAUUCAUUCUGUUUACGUGUUGAAUUCUGACGUUUGUAAAACACCCAGUGAUAUAAUAAUAAUAAUAAUAAUAAUAAACUGUUAAUGUUCUCACUCUUUUUGUUUUUGUCAUGGUUUUCAGUACAAAACGUAAUAUUGUAAAGUGAAUCUGGUGGGUUGUGUUUUUUUUUAUUUAUUUAUUUAUUUUUUAAGUGCUUCUGUCACCAUCUGCAUAAUUUUCAAAUUGCCAUAGAACCAUGACUACUCCGCUUGCUGUGCUGUGCAGUGCCUUAGGGGUGCAGGGAACAUUGAGUUAUACUUAACUGAAUUUGUUCUUCGCACCGACCGGUAUCUUAUUCCUGCCAAUCCUCUUCAGUUCCCAGUGCUUCAGGUACCAGGAGUUGACAUCAGCUUUGUAAUAUCGCGCAUGCUCAAUAGUAUAAGACUGAGGUCUAUGGAGGGUCCCACAAGAUUGGGAUCCUCCAUAGAGUGAGCCCUUUUCACUUUAGUUUUCACUGGUGAUGUCGUAGAACUUGUUUUAAAGUUUAGAGUAAAGCUACCUUAUUCACGUUUUGACUGAAUUUCAUUGAAAUUCCAACCCACUCAUUGUAUUUGAUAAAGUUAUUACAUUUAACAAAACACUACUUUUGGAUUUUAAGUAGGUUUUUCUCCUUAUUUGUAAAUUUGAUAGAAAAUCUGCUAUAACAAUGUAUAGAUAAAAUCGUAUGCUCAAUCUAAUGAGCAUAUUUUAUCUGGGAUAUUUUAUUUUGGGAUAUCUCCUUUUAAAGACAUUUUGAACAUUUUUCACUUUGUUUGAAUGUCUUUGAGGAAUGAAACCCUGUGGUAGAAUAUCUUUAACUUUUAAAGUUCUGCAUCUGUUACCUCUAUCAAAAAUCAAUGGAUAUACUGUAGAACCUGGAAGAAGUACUUUCUUCUACUGGUUUUCUGGUAUCAUAAAUUGAUCUUAAAGUGUGAGAGGUCCAAAGAGAAACAGACUUUUUCAGAUACCUUUGUGUUGGCACUUGGCGUUUAGAACAUUGGGCCCCUCGUGUUUAAUAUGUAUGUGUUUGUUUAUAUCUCCCGCUCUCCAAAAAUGGGACCAUGCUUUUGGCUUUGUCUACCUCGGGGGAUGUAACUUUCUUCCUGCAAGCCCUUGGGUAGCACUUCUCCUUGGUCUUGUCCGAGGCCGCCUCUUCCACAUUGAAGACCAAUAUCUCACAUAAGCAGAGAGGUGGAUUAGGCCAACAGAGAGUAGUAGAGUCACCUGUGAGUCCAUUGUCUUGAUGUUAAGUUAGUUGGAGAGAGUCCUGCAAACUUUAUGGAGCCACUGUUCAUGUAGUUUGAGUCUGCAUGGACCUAUGUUUUUUUUUUUAUUUAUUUAUUUUUUGAACAUUGUAGAGAGCCUGAUUUUUGCAUUAUCGGUGUUUUCUUUUAUUGGGUUCUUAUUUGUAUGGACUUUUUUUUUUCAUUGUAUUUGUUCAUACUAUGUUCUUUAAACUGUUUACUACUUGCUAACCUGUGAAAAUAUUAAAAUAAAUCUUUGGAGUCCCUAUGUAAUCCAUAGUUCAUGUUUGGGGAGGUGCUUACUUUGAUGUAUGUAGGGCAGACUGUGACAUGUAUCUUUCUUUGGAACCCCUGGUCUUUGCCACCCACCAAUUCGCCUACAAGAAUAGCAUAAUUCUUCAUUUUAGUGUGUUCGUAGUUUAUAUAAAAUAAACCUAACCGUUCAUAUUUUGUACACCUUUUAAAAAAAGUUCAGUCUUCUGAGCCAAAAAGGGUGGAAUAGAAAGGCAGCAUGUGCUGCAAGCUUAUUUUGUAGGGCUUAACUGGUGUACAAUUGUUAGUGACUUUCUUUUAAAAUUUUCAUUUUUCUAGAAGUCUGAUCCACGGCUGUUGGCGAGGUUUUUCUACGUAGAUGAAGACGUGAGUGCGGUUAUGCAUGACUUGCGAUGUUUGGAUAUAGAGAAGGAGCCUGCAAGUUACCUGAUAGUACUCACACAGCUGCAUAACACCCAGGUAUUUGUGACUUUGCCAUUUAGAUUUACAAUGUAUGGUAUUGAAACAAUUCAUCUUUUAGCCCAUAAAAUGUGAACUGUAAAGAGUCAAGUUGAGACAUUCUGAUUCACCUACUGUAAACUAAACUAAGUCACACAAAACAUAGCUUAGUUUAAAAGGUGUGUGUGUGUGUGUGUGUAUAAUAUAUAUAUAUAUAUAUAUUUUUGUUUUUUGCGCAAUAAAAUACUUUUAUAAUGUUUAAAUGCUCUUCAAUAUGCUUGAUAGGAAUAGGGUGUUUUUUAUUAUUAUUUUUUUAAUGUCAUUAUAAAAUACAAUGUGUGUAUGUGUUUGGCAGUUUAUUUUUCUACUUUUAUUAUAAAGAUUGUAUAUUUUGAGUUCUUAGUCAGUAAAUCUUUACCAAUACAUUUAAUUGCUUCAUGCUGUGACUUCACAAUUUUAAGCAACAGGUUGUAACGAUUUUCCUCUUCCUCUAAGUACAAUGGCUUAUAUAUAUAUAUAUAUUUUUUUUUUCUUCUCCUCUUCUUUUUCUUCUGUUAUAGGAUCGCAUGUUACUUCUCUUUGAGCAAAUGUUGGAACAAGUUGUACCCAAAAAGCGGCGACCACGAGAUUACUAUUGGAAAUUCCCAGAUGAUAAUAUGCCUGGUUACAUGACCACUCAUCUCCUGUUUGCAGCAGAGGUAUAAUGCACUCUUUAAACUUAAUGAGGACACUCUGUCUCACACCAGUCAAGCCAUAAGACUUGCUUUUCCCACAGAAAUCUCACAUUUCCAUUGAUGUUACUACUGCAAGGGAGCCUGGGUGAGCACAUGCAAAUUGGUUCAACAAAGACUUUUUUUUUUUGCAUCAUCAUAUUCUAUUUUUAUACAUGUAUACAGCAAACAAACUCCAAGGAAUCCAUAUUUAAAAUGGAAUGAGGCAAAAAGGGGAUUCUUUGUUGAAGGACUUCCAGCGUCACCGGAAUCCCCACAGGAAAGCUGUGGUUAAUGCUUUUCUAUAGGGAAAUCCUAAUGAGAGUGCGGCCAUUAGGUCUCCCCCGUCCCAAUCACUUAACAUGUUCUUAUUUUAUUUUUUUUACCCCACUGUAACAUUCUUACGUUUUGUGUGUGUGUGUAUGUAUAAUUUUAUUUCCUAUCAAUUUAACAUUUUUGUAUACUUUUUCUAGCUCAUGGUUGGUGGUACAUAUGUUGAGGUAGAAGAAACAGAUGGAGAAACAAUACGUCCUUUAGCACAAGAACUGCUGCGCAGUGUUGUGAACUUGCGGAACGUAUUGAGAGAACAAAGCCUUGAGGAUCCUAGCAUAUACCCAGAGCAAGCACAAAGGGCACUUCUGCGAUAUGACUACCUGUGUGCCGAGUUCGAGUUACGGUCUGUGCUUUUUCUAUAUUAUUGUACUGCUAAAGUCGUGUUUUUGUCAGGCAUACGUUAUCUUUUUAACCCCUUAAGGACACGUGACAUGUCAUGAUUCCCUUUUAUUCCAGAAGUUUGGUCCUUAAGGGGUUAAAGAAACACUUCCUACACACCAAAACAUUGGCUUAAUUAAAUGGUUUUGAUAUAUAUAUCAUGUCCCUGCAGUCUCACUGCUCAAUUCUGUGCCAUUUAGAAGUUAAACCACUUUGCAUAUGCAGCCCUAGCCACACAUCACCUGGCUGAGACUGUCUCCCUAAACACUGCCUAAAAUUUAGGUUGUUCGCUUCCCUCAAAAUUAGUGUUUGGAAUGUAUCUUCUGCUUUAAUUACUAGUGUGUGCUGAAGGUUCCCUUGUGUGAUUUAAAGUUUAACCGUGCAGGAGAUAAAUUUAAAAGUAAACACUGCGCUGUAAAAAUUAAACUUUUAUUUUAUUUCAUGCAGGCUGUGAGUCACAGCAAGGGGGGGCUAGGGUUACUUCAACCAAGAACCAGUGUUUUUCACCCUUUUGGGGGUGGUCAGCCUCUCCAAAAUAAAUCUAAAUAAAAUUCUCUCUCAGCAUGAUCUUCCAACAAUGACUUCACACUCACCUGAGUGAGAGGGAGGACCGUGUCGACACAGGUGGAGGGGGGCGGUGCUGCUAUUGGUUGUCUGGUGCCAGCAGGUACAGAAAACACCAAUUUUGAACAUAAUUGACACUAGCUAGCCCUGAACUUUAUUCUGGGUUGGCCAAUGAUGCUGCCGGAGGUAAUUACUCCUCUGGCAGUGCAUGGGUUAAUCUGUAUGUGCAGCAUUUCGUAGCAAAAUGUUGCACAUACAGUCUCAAGACACCGUGAGCACUUAUAUCACUGAAGUGGUCAUGGUGCUUGCAGUCACCCUUUACCUCCAAAACUGCAGAAGACUGAACAGUGUGACUGCAGGGCAUGAUCUAUACACAAAAACUGCUUCAUUAAGCUAAUGUUGUUUUGAUGCUUAGGGUGUCCCUUUAAGGCUUUUUUGGAAUGAUGAAGAGACAUUAAUGUUGUGUGGGGGUUUUUUUUUCUUUCAUUUUUAACAUCAGAGAAGACUUCUUAAAAACUUCCAUGCACACGUGUUCAGCAUUGACUAUCUUUCUCUCUUUUUUUUAAUCAUUACACAGCUAUAUGUCACUGGUGUCAAAUGUAAAGACUCCUGAAGAAAUCUAUGAGCAGCAAGAAGUUGCUGUGCUUUUCUGUGAGACUGUUUCUAGGUAAGCACCACAUCCCUAACUAAUUUAGAAACUGGGCACUCCUGGUGAAUUACUUGAUUUUGUCCAGUUUAAAAAAAAAAAAAUAAAUAACAAAAUGUAAACUUUAUUGCCUAUGUUUUCUAGCGAUCGACCGAUUAGAUUUUUUUUUUUUUUUUUUUUGGAGCAGAUACUGAUAACCUGUGCACUUUCAGGCCGAUAGCCCAUAACUUGCCGAUAUUCUGUACAUUUACAAUUUUGAAAAAAUAAACAAAUUCUAAAGGUAAAUGCACAAAAUAUACAUGCCACAUGUAGUGGAUGAAGUGUGUUUUAGAAAGGGGAACUGUGUGUGUUUGUGCAUAUAUUUAUAUAUAAUGAAUGCAGAGUGUGUUUGUGUAGUGUGUGUGUAUAUAAUGAAUGCAGUGUGUGUAUGUAGUGCAGGGCUCGAGAAAUCCCAGGUCGCCAUGGUGACUAAAGAUUUUGCCAGGGCGCCUGGGCAUUUGUCAACUUUUUAUCUAAAUAAGCAAAUAAUGGAGCUGGCCGUUGGGUGAUAGUUGCAGCCGGCUGCCCUGAGCUUCAUGGAGGCGGCCGGCUCAGUGGAGCAUCCAGACGUCGGCUGGGGCAGUGUGCGAGGGAGCAGUGAUCUUCCAGCGGCUCUUCUCUGCACCCUCGCACUGUUUAAUGAUGCAGGGAGCCGGAAUACGGCGUCAUUCCGACCCCGGCAUCACAGGGAGCAGAGAGGAGCUGCAUGGUAGAUUACUGCUCUCUCACACAGGAAGAGAGAGCAGCCCCACUGGACCCCAGGGAAGGUCCACUCAGCCCUUCCAAAAGGUAGGGAGGUUAAGUGGAUAAAAAAAAGUGUGUGUGUGCCCCUGGCUGUGUGUGUGCGCGCCCCCUUGGCUGUGUGUGUGCGCGCCCCCUUGGCUGUGUGUGUGUGUGCGCGCGCCCCCCUGGCUGUGUGUGUGUGCGCGCGCCCCCCUGGCUGUGUGUGUGUGCGCGCGCCCCCCUGGCUGUGUGUGUGUGCGCGCGCCCCCCUGGCUGUGUGUGUGUGCGCGCGCCCCCCUGGCUGUGUGUGUGUGCGCGCACCCCCCUGGCUGUGUGUGUGUGUGUGCGCGCGCGCCCCCCUGGCUGUGUGUGUGUGCGCGCGCGCCCCCCUGGCUGUGUGUGUGUGCGCGCGCGCCCCCCUGGCUGUGUGUGUGUGCGCGCGCGCCCCCCUGGCUGUGUGUGUGUGUGUGCGCGCGCGCCCCCCUGGCUGUGUGUGUGUGUGUGCGCGCGCCCCCCUGGCUGUGUGUGUGUGUGCGCGCGCCCCCCUGGCUGUGUGUGUGUGUGCGAGGGGGGAUAUAGUAUUCCCUUGUGGUCCGGUAGCUUGUUAAGUACUGGGGGGGCCCGCAGCAAGCUGUUUCUUACCUCCCACCAGCUCCCUUCUGCUCCCCUGUGUAAAUCUUGCGGCCCUUAGUGCCGCACGGAGUGUUAGCAUGGUAACCCAUGGCAACACUCUGCGGCCGCGGGACUCGCGAGAUUUACACAGGGGAGCGGAAAGGAGCUGCUGGGAGGUAAGUAACAGCUUGCUGCAUGUAAUGGGCCCGGCUGUCCUAGGAGGUAUUAUCGGCAUCUCUAUUGGCCGAUACGAUAUUGCCGAAAAUACCGAAUAUCGGCCGAUAAUAUCGGUAAAGCCGAUAAUCAGGCGAUCCCUAAUGUUUUCCCACUCCUUUUUAGUAAUGGUUGUACAAUAAUAUGCGUAUUUGCUAUAAUGCAAAGCUAUGCUCAGGCUUGCAUUAUCAAACUAGAAUAGAAGGAAUUCUAUUGAGAGCCAGCUUUGCUUUCUUAAAAUUUUUUGUUCUGUUUAAUUUUUUUAUUACAGAGCUUUGCAAAAGGGAUACAUAACCCAAGAAAUGAUUGAUGACUAUGAACCUGAGCUAAUGAUUUCUAUCCCACGCUUGGCUAUUAUUAGGUAUGUGAAAUCCGUUACUUAAUUCACUUCCUUUUCUCUGUCACUCAAUCUAUAAUUGGUUAGUUACUGAUUUGUUGCAUUAAUGGGGCAGCUCCAUAUAAGCAUUCUGCAGGUUUGGUUAGUUUAGAGCAAUUGUAGUGCCCACUACCUUUUUUUUUUUUUUUUUGUCUAAAAUUCCAUCUAUACAUUGUGCUAGAUUUUAUUUUCUUGUUUGUUUGUGGGGGUUUUUUUUCUUCUCCCACCUGUCAAUCACUCCUUCGGCAUAGACUCUAUGCAGUACAGGUAGUCCUUCUGCUCUCCAUCUAGCACUGCAUUGGCAAAUCUACUUCGUUUUUCAAAACCCACAGCAAUAUAGUAAAAUCAAUGGAGUCUCUGUGUCUUCAAUCCUGCAGUGGCCUGCUGAUUUAUCCAGAUGGUCCCUUGAGUCUCCAGAAACAUCCAGAAGAGAUGUGUGAGUUGUUCAGCCCAUUUUACACCUUGCUGAAAAAAAUAAAGUAAGUUGCCAUUAUACUGGAUAUUUAGUGAGCAAUACCUUUUGGUCUGUAUUUAGGAAAAUAAAUGUUAAAAUGUCUACACUUAUAGAUGGGUGUAAGUAAAAGUAUAUGACUGACCUUCUUGGUGUCUAGAACAGUUGAUUAGACUUAUUAGACAGCCCUCUUUAAUAUUUCUGAUUUGGAGACCACUCACCCAACCAAGGUAAGUUCUAUCCACUAACAUACACACUUGUCUGGAAAAUACCCAAAGCAUAAUAAACUCUAUUGUUUGGAUGUAAAGCACACUUUUAUUUUUAAUAUAUACACAAUCAUCCCUAUUAAGGCAACAUUAAAAUCCAUAACCAACUCUCUGGAACUACAUUGCUAUUCCUUUCUGCAAUGUCUCAAUAAGGUUGGCAUCUCCCAGUGUAUACUUUACCAACAAUUGGCACUAUACAGCGAAAGACGGGAAGCAAGAAGUGCUGAAUUCCAGAGAGUUCCAACGGGGGUACCUUUAUAGGUUUCUCCUAAAUGUAAGGGCAGAACUGUAAGAAAACCUAUCCAAAGCAAUAAGACUGCAUCAUUUGGUAAUUCGGGUGCAAUUUGGGUUUAUUCAGGCAUCCAAAUAAACCGGCAACAUUUCGACACUAUGUAUGUCUUUAUCAAGCCAUUUGUUGGCUUAAUAAAGCCCUACUUCCAUGUUGAAAUGUUGCUUUAGAUGUAUUUUGGAUCCCUUGGAGCAGAGACCCUGACUAACGACUAAGUGCUCCUCUUAUAAACUGUUUAUGUAAAAAAGCUUACUUGGUUAUAUGUAAAUUAAAAGAGGUGUGUCUUUGUUUUACAUGAGUACAUGGGAAAGCAUAAUCCGUGUGAUACAACAAGUUCAAGACAAGAUCCAUGUUACUUUCUGUCAUAACCCCUAUGCUUUUUGUAGACUUCUGUUUCUGUAGGACGUAAUGUAUAAGUUGCGGCAUCAAGGUGCCAGUUUGAAACUUUCGUGUUUCUUUUCUAGGGAACUCCUUUUAACCCUUACAGAGGAUGAACUCUUUUCUCUAGAAAGAGCUCUGUGCUCUUCUUCCUCUAAAGACACCUCCAUACAAUUAUCUAAUCACUCGGAAUCUCCUGAUGCGUUGGACAUCCCAAGCCAAAGCCAGAAACAACCAGAACCUAAACUUUGUUCUGUAGAUCUUUCGCCCCAACCUGAAAGCAAGGAAGAAUCUUUGCAAGAAUGUACUGGUGCUUUAGCAAGUGAAACGAACAAAUGCUCUUCUACAGACAGAAUUCCGCAAGCCAGCUCUGUGUUGGUAGCACCACUUGACGACACACAAAUAAGCACCGAUACAUGCAACCCCAGUGACCAGGAUAAAUCAUCCUCGGAAAAUAGAACAUGUGUCCUGAAGCCAACUACAAUAGUACAGUGUGUCAUGAAGAGAACCUCAGAACGCCACAGACUACAUGCCCGGUGAGCAAACUUAUAAAUAAGAGUACAGAUUUAAUGAGUGGGAUGUGUGAGGUGACAAAGCUUUCCUGAUCUAUUGUACAGUUACACUUUACAUUUAGGUUUUUUUUUGUAUUUUUUCCAUUAUAAAGUCUUGCAGUUGGCUAUUAGAUACAUGUGGGAAUUUCACAGACUAUAGAUUCCAAAAGUAACCUUCUCUGUACAUUUUGCAGAUUUUUACUCCUACCCUUCAAACUAUAUGCAUACAUUCACUGAGUUGACUAACAAAAUAAAAGGAUUAUUUACAUUAAUCGGAUAUUGUGGAGAAAUAACAGGUUUAAAGGGUUACUGUAAACACCUAAACUACUUCAGCUUUCUUUGGUUAAGUUUGUCCAAAAAUCUUCACCACCUUAACUAGCAUCUUUGAUGUCUGACACAAGCAUUUGGUACCAUUCUUACCAGAAUACAUAAUUUUGGUGUUUGGAAUUAAAGGAGGACUGUGACUUAUUUAGUGUUACUCAAAGUACCAUAACCACUUCAGUGAUUUACAGUGGUCAUGAUGCUUGGAAUCUGCAUGUGCAGCGCUUCAGUAUGAAACGGCUAGAGUCAAUUCUGUGCCAACUUCUAUUCAUUGGCAAGAAGAUCACUUGCACUAACAGCAAUAAUGGAGCAACCGCAUCUGGUUUCUGCAGCUUUGUAGAAGCUGGAAGUUUAGCUGCCACUAUUACAUGCCUAGGCCUAAUGGGACCAGGUAAGAGGACAAACUAUUGCAAAACAGUUUGUCUUAUUACUGGGAAAUGGCGCCAGGGUACUCCUACAGUGGACUGUACAUGGUUAUGAAACUUGGGUAAACCUUUUUAGCAAAUAUGUAUUUGUGAGGUAAAUUUAAAUGUAGAAAUUGUGACUAUCUCCUGUACUCAUACAGAGUACUUCCGCACAGUCUGCUUCCACAGUCUGGGACUCUAGAGAGCUUUGGCCCCAGUCACUGAAGCUUGACUGGGGUCUCUCCAAAGCGCUUCCACCCUAUCAGGCUGCAGCUCUCAUCCCCUCUGCCUAUUCAUCUGCAGCUCUCCUUCCAGGGAGGUAUUCGCCUCUAAUGUGUUUGCCUACUGCCUUUACAAAGGCACCUGCUGUCCUCAGGCCUAGCUCUUUUUUACUUAUUUAUUUUUUUGCACUUGUCCAGGGCUAAAUGCAGUCAGCCAACAGGGUUCCUUGAACAAAUCCACACAGAACACACCAAAUGUAACGAACAUACAUUCUUUAUUGUGGACAAGGACUAGCCAUUGUUGACUAGUUCUUAAGCACGUGGUGACCGACAUUUAAAAUUCCAAUAUAUAGAACAUUGGUGAACAAGCAAUUAGAAUUAUAUUAAUACAUGAACUAAAUAUAAUUAUAAUUCAUGAACUAUAUAAUGCAAGUAACAUUUUCUAAAUGCAAUAAUAUAUACAUGUAUUUACACUUUUAUUUAAUUGCCCUAACUUGCAUACCAGCAUUGAACACACUUCCUUCCGUUCAGUCAGCAGAGGGCACUGCAGAGUUAUCAAAUAACAAUGAAGAAUAGUUGGUUUUUCAAUUGCUACCAUCACAAUCCUCUUUCAGGGGCUCUAGGGACCAGGUCCAUAGUCUGUUGGCUAGAGGCUGGUCUUCAGGCCUCUCCAAAAGGCCGUGAUAAAGUCGUAAUCUAAAGGGCGCUUCUGUCACAGAAUUCAUACCAAUUUUUUGUUUUUUAGAAAUAUAGAAAAGAUGAAACUUUUAAACCUUUUUCAUUUGCAAUGUUUGCCCUGGAUUUGCCUAGUUAGAACUGGAUUGUAGACUUAAUUUGCAGAGGGGGGGACGGACGGACAGCUGUGUUUUAAAACCAUGCACAUUGCUGGUCUGGUGACUACUCCACAGUUAUAGAGCACUCUGCUUUUAUAACAAAAUAAUGGAACAUUUCCUUAGCUGUCAAACUGCCAGGGGGGUUUGCUUCCUCAUUCUACUUGCUGCUCACAAAACUCAGAACUGUGCGCAUGGAGUCAGUGGCUUCUCAACGAUUGCUUAUUUCCCUGUGAAGACUGACCGUCUCUUCUGGGGGAGAGGAGGGCUUGCAAAUGCUGCAUUUCAUAAGAACUGCAGCUCUUGUAAGAUGCAUGCAUGCAUUUAUUUAUUGGGGGAUAUCUACUAAACAGUAAUUUUAUAUUUGCUUUCUGUGGAGUAGUCCUCUUUAGUUUUUGUUUGGAAUCUGGACAGUUGCCAAUUUCAUUAUGGGAAUAACCGUUCCCUUUUAAGAUUCUGCUAGCUUAGUCAUUACUUGAUUCAUUUUGUAUGUGAAAUUUAUGAUGUGUUCCAUUUUGAAAACCCAGGAAAUCACGAUAUCAUGAUGUGCGGUCCCGUUAUCGCAGUGAUGGUGAUAUGCUGCAUCGUCUGUUUGUCUGUAUUUCAGGUGAGCAAUCCUGUUUGUGUGUCUCCCCCACUGCCCCCCCCUUCCAACAAGCUCCUUGAAAGUUCUGAUUCAGUGUGACUUAUACAAUCUUCCCGACAGGUGUUGCUGACCAAUUACAGACCAACUUUGCAAAUGACCUUCGUAAUAUUCUCAAGAGUGUGUUUGACGCUGUACGCUCCAAACAAGAGGAUCAAGAAAGUGAGUCCUGUGUUUUUGUUUGGUAACCUACGUAAUAACAGCAGAAUAUAGAACUGACUUACCAGAUAUAAGUAGUGACAGUGGGUGUAUAUGGUGAAUGUAGUACUAACCAAUAAACUGUUACUCCCCUACAAACCCAUUGUCCUAUUGUCUACCACCUGUCCUAUAUCCUCCUAUCACAUCCCCCUCCCCCUGCUUCAUAUCCACUCCUUCACCAACCCUCUUGGUCAUAUACACCUUUCAACAAGUCACAUUUGCACAUGCAAUCAUGCACACUACCAUGGUUCAUCAUCCAUCUAGUUUGGUAUCGUAUUGCCUACCACAACCGUCACAUACAGGAGUGGAAAGGGGUCAAAGACUGUCCACAGUGCUCGAAUAAAAUCCCACUUGCAAAUUACCAAAGUAUAGUGUUACAUAUGGUGAGCUAUCAUAUAUAAAAUCUAGAAUGUGCAGUGGAGACUAGUGCUACUGGUUUAAGUUAUGUAGAGAAGUCAUAGAAUGCUCAGUCCUAUGAUGAGUAUAUCUAGUGACUGAGUUAAGCUUUGGAUUUUGUACAUAUGGGAAUAGAGGAUUAGUGUAUGUGCACCCAGAGAAAAUAGUAUUUGUAAAAUAAAAUUUUAGAUUCUUAAUUUAACAAGAGAUGCAAAAUAUAAAUUUUUGCUCUGUGACACCUAUGGAAUAGUCCAAAUGGAGUUACAUGAGCUCAGUUGAAAAAGUGAUCAAUUGUUUUACAGUAAGACAAAAUAAACUUGUUAAUGUUGUCAAUGUUACAAAAGCUGUGUCACUGAUCAGGAUGUGUUGAAAAAUAAAAAAAUUAAAAAAAAAAAUGCAUGUAGGGUAGCAUAAUCUGCCAUGUAGUUCAGGUGGCUGAGCUAAUUUUUUUCUCUUUUGUUAUUGAUGUAUGACUGGGGGUUAAUCUGGUUUUCAUGGGGAAAACAUGUGCUAAAGAGGGUUUUGCAGAACUUUAGUUCUCCCAGCUUAGAUGGAUUAUAGCAGCAGAUGUGUUUGCAUAUGACAGAAUUUCCUAUUUGGAUGUAAUGUGUCACUAAAGGCUGUUCUUUUGGGAAACGGAUUUAUUCUUGGUAAUGGGAGGUAUUCAAGAUUUUGAAGUGCUAGAUAAUGGAUUACAGUCCAAUAUAAAUGUAUAUUAUAUAUAAUUUUUUUUUUUUUUUUUUGUAGAAACUGCAGAAGAUGCAUUCCAUUUACCUAGCUGUGCACUUUGUCAGAACCAGGAACAUCCAAACAGAGGAGCUGAUCCUGGUAUGUUCCAGAAAUUCAGUAAUCAUUGUGCCCUAGAUUCAUAUGUGGCAGGGUGCACACUGAACAUAAUCUGGGCCUUCUGGCAAGAUGAUUAUCAUGGAGAUAUUUAGUUGGUGUAUGAAACAUGCAAGUAAUUGCAACAACUCUAGUUUAACUUACUAGAGGUAGAAAAAUCUAGGCAUACAUUGGAUGUUCAUGUUUUCAGGAGAUGUAACAUGACUGGGGUGCAGGGAGCUGGAUCCUUUUAAUAAAAUGGCUGCCAUGAAUGUGCUACGAGCCAUGCUGGCUGUCCCUAAAUAUUGUUGGGGGGGUUCCCCUCCCCCCUUCUCAGCUAUACAGUUUUGAAAAUCCAUUGUUUUGCCUAGUUCAAUAGACUGAAUGUAGCUGUCCUACAUAAAAACCUAAAGUCUGCCCCUGAUUGAUUCACUCAAUUUUUUUCGUAGCCUCUCCAGAGUGGGUCCCAGAUAGUGCCUGCAACCAAUGUACAACGUGCUGUGCGCCUUUCACUCUGCUGCGGAGGAGACAUCACUGUCGCAGCUGUGGAAAGGCAAGUGUGUAGCUGUGUAGAUCUAUUUGUGUUGUUUGGUUUUUUUUAAUAAGUGGGGCAGUCUCUCUGAUCUUGAAUUGUUAAAAUCUUGUUUUUUUCCAUCUUCUGCAGAUUUUUUGUUCACGCUGCUCUGCAUACACUACUUCUCUGCCACACCUACCAAACUCACAGCCUGUUCGAGUGUGCUCCCAUUGCUUCCAUGUGCACUGUCGAUUUCAAAGCAGACAUGUAGAUGGGGCACGGUGCCAGGACUGAUUUUUACGUACUGCAAUUAAUCUGGGACAGAACUGGUGUCUGCCUCACUUAAAACCUCUAGAACCAGCAAAAAUUGCCAAAAAAGCAAUUCCAGUUGAUUUUACAGGAAACAUAUUUUUUAGUUUUUUUUUUUUUUUUUAACAUUUCUUUUAAACCGUUUCUACCUUUUCUGAAAUAUAGGUGCCCUCAAUAUGCUGCAUCAUUUUUAAACUGGUUAUUCUUGCAUCUCUAAACUUGAAUUUUAUUUUUUUAUUGUUUUAUACACCUGAUCCUUACUAAUGUGUAUUUGAAAUUUAACAAACCUAUUUUUAACAAUUUCACUGCUAAUGUCCAGUUGUAUGUUUUGGUUUUUUUAUGUUCUUUUUGGGGUGGUGGUGAUCUAUGCACUAAAUUGUAGCCAAGAAUGUGGUGAUGUGUUAACAUGCAGGCAUUUUAAACUUUGUACUGCUAUAAAAACUGCAUUUUCAGUCAAAGGUGCGUCUCUUUGAGACAAAUUUAUUUAAUUGCUGCUUUUCGACUAUGGCAAAAUUUAAAUGUUUACAUGGGUCUUUUGGUUUUUCUGGGGCACAUUUUACAUAUUCUGGUCAUUAAUGCACAUUCAAUAUAUUUGCCAUAGAGUAUAUUAUCACCAAUAUGUUACCAUAAUAUUAAAUUUUACACUUUUUUUUUUUUUUUUUAAACAUUGACACCUACACCACCCCACCACCACAGGGACAAAAGAAUUUGACAUUAAAUUGGCAGAUUUUUAUUUAUUUUUAGUUUUUUAAAAAUACUUUUUCUUUUCUGGGUAUUCAUGUAAUAGUUGCCAAAAAUCAGACUUAAUUUUUGAGACGCUUACUUGUGACAUUUCAAAUAACAUGGUUUGAGUUUACAUUUUAUCUUGUAUAUUUUUGUAAUAUUAAAAUAGAAACUACCUGAAGAUAUUUCAUUAAUGACUAAUAAUCAGAAUUGGUAAUCUUUGCAGAAGGGGAAUAUAUAGAGAAUAUCCAUGAGUUUUUUUUGUUUUUUUUUCAAUUUAGUUUUUUUUAAUACUUUGUAUCUAAACUAGAUUAUAAUCACGUGCAUCUACUUCACAUCUGGUGGCAUGACGUGUCCUGUAAUUCUAACUUCUAAACUUUUGAAUUUCAUUUCCAUGUACUCUUUGUUUUGUAUAGAAUUUUAUUUU